UUUGGCACCCUUGGCCUUCCUUACUCGGUCAGUAGGGACCGGGCUAAGCUAGCUGCUGGUUGCCGGAUAGCUUGCACCAGAAGCGCACAGAAAGCAAGACGAUGGCGGGUGUACAUCCCCAGGACGACCUGCUGAAAAUGACACACAGAGAAAACUGGAAGGUGCAACACGAGCACCUGCACAUGAAGCACAGAGGACAUGAGGCCAUGCACGCAGAGAUGGUGCUGAUCCUCAUCGCCACGCUGGUGGUGGCUCAGAUAGUCCUGGUGCAGUGGAAGCAGAGGCACCACCGCUCCUACAAUCUGGUGACUCUGGUCCAGAUGUGGGUGGUUCCUCUUUACUUCACCAUCAAACUGUACUGGUGGCGUUUUCUGUCCAUGUGGGGGAUGUUCUCCGUCAUCACUAGCUACGUCAUCUUCAGAGCCACCCGCAAGCCGCUGUCCUGCAGGACGCCGAGGAUGGUCUACAAGUGGUUUCUGCUCAUCUACAAGCUGAGUUAUGCAGUCGGGGUUCUGGGCUACAUGGCCAUCAUGUUCACCAUGUUCGGCUUCAACGUCUUCUUCAGUCCAGAUCUGGUGACUCUGGUCCAGAUGUGGGUGGUUCCUCUUUACUUCACCAUCAAACUGUACUGGUGGCGUUUUCUGUCCAUGUGGGGGAUGUUCUCCGUCAUCACUAGCUACGUCAUCUUCAGAGCCACCCGCAAGCCGCUGUCCUGCAGGACGCCGAGGAUGGUCUACAAGUGGUUUCUGCUCAUCUACAAGCUGAGUUAUGCAGUCGGGGUUCUGGGCUACAUGGCCAUCAUGUUCACCAUGUUCGGCUUCAACGUCUUCUUCAGUCCAGAUGUUGCUCUUUCGGCCUUAACUCGAUCCUCAACCAAUAGGUUCCACGAGUUCUGCAUCCGUGGCUGGUGCAUUGUGGGUAAAAAGCAGACGUGUCCUUACUGCAAUGAGAAGGUUGACUUGAAGAGGAUGAUGAACAACCCCUGGGAGAAGACGCAUGUCCUUUACGGGCAGCUUCUCGACUGGCUCAGAUAUUUGGUUGCUUGGCAACCCAUCAUCAUUGGUAUCGUUCACGGCAUUAAUUUCUCCCUGGGCCUCGAGUGAAGCCCAGAGGAACACCGCCGUAAGUACGGCUGGAGUCGAGUUACACUCAGGACACGUGUGGUAGCAAACUGUCACAGUAGGCGCUACAAGGAACCGAAUGCAGCUGCUUUCAAAGUCUUUUGUUUCGUGUUCUCGGACUAAACUCUCGCACGGUUUACUGCAGAGUAAACGGAAAGCGUCAGAGUCUCAACACGACCUCAAACUUGCUGCCAACCCAAACAGAGUGAUUGGAGCGCAGAGCCAGUAUUUUGACAGAUCAAUCUAGUUUGGUCUGGAAGUGUUGCUGUCAUGUAUGCUGUUUCUGUUGAGCUGAAAGAUGCUUUACUUUGUUCUGUCUUACAGAUUUUUGUGUUUAAUUUGCACACUCCCCUAUUUUUUUGUUUCUUCUUUUUGUUUUUUUAAUAAAACAUUUCUCUUUCUCAUUAGACUUUAUCUGUAUUGGAUUGUUGCAGCUCUUUGCACAUUGCUUAUAAUAAGGACAGCUCUGGGUAACAUUUGGACACAUUGAUUAAUUGUAACAUGACAGUAUUUGACUGUGCCAAUGCAAAUUACUGAAGUACGCUGUGUACUAUGUGUAAUGUUGAUUCUUUUUGUUAUGCUGAACUGUGGUAGAAAUGAAAGAAUACGUCUCCCACAGCAUUGAUAAAACGCAAAGGUCCGGUGUGACUCUCGGUAGCAAUUUGUUGCACAGUUUUCAUAGAAUUCAUAAGGUGUUGUAAUUUAUCCUGCCAUGUUAAUGAAAGUGAAAAUAAAUCUGCUCUUAUGCACUAGCUCUCUGGCAUAUUUGAUCAUGUGAAUGUCAUUUCAAGUUUAAAUGGGUCUUAACAGCUGUUAGACUUGUAAUAACUGAAUCAUGAUGAGUACAUGUUUAUCAAAGUCACAGUUCAGGUUUGAUGAAAAAUAGUUUUCCCUUAACUGUGCAGCCACAGUCGGAUGACAUCAAUCACUCUGAAUUCUCAGCCUGGAUUUAUGACAUGGUCUUCUGGUUGUUUCAUGCCUCUAUAGUCACAAAGUGCACACUUAAAUGUUGAGAUUUCUAUCAUGCUUUCACCUAAUGUUACUCUUGUUGUGAUAAAAAUCACCUUAGAGCUUAUUGUGUCCACCAGGUUCUCUUCUAGUGAGGCCCAUUAUAAACGGUUUCCAAAUUUGAGCUGAAAAUCUGAAGAAUAGGAUCCCUUUCCUGCAGCCAUGUCCAUAUAAAUAUCUCCAGGAUCAUGAAAAAUUAGUAUGUGGUCCAGCUAUAUAAUAUGAAUUGCACUGGCACAUUCAAAAUAUCCUACUUUUUUUUUUCUAGAUAAACAUUGCCACACAAACUACUUUAUAUUAUAUAUUUGUUUACUUGGAGCGGUGAUACUGUUUCCAUCAACCACCAGUUCACCUGUAAAACCAACUGAAAAGUUGGUUUCUUGGAUUCAGGAUUUUCAUAUUAAAGAAAGAUUUUGGUUAUUG